AUGGAAAGUUCCAACGCAUUUUUCAAAAAUUCUAGACGUGCAUGUAAUGUCAGUUUUGCUGGAGCGUGGGGCCUCAAACAGCUUGUACAAGCGAAAAGCGAAGACAGGUUGCCAAACAUCAAAUUAUGCAAGCGAAAAUCCUGGAGAGCUGUCGAACAUAGUUCUGAAAUAAGAUCAACGAAUAACAUGUAUGAAUAA